AUGGCGUGCAACGCAACACAGUUUACACUUCAAGGUCGUGACCACCAGCGAAUCCUAAUAGAUACGGGUGAAGGCAAGCCCGCAUGGGCAGCCAAUCUUCAAUCUGUGCUCUCAGAAGAAAAGGCAACAGUGCACCAGGCGCUCCUGACGCACUGGCAUGGUGACCAUGUCAACGGACUCCCAGAUCUACUGAAGCUCUGUCCCCAGGCACAGAUCUUCAAAAAUGAGCCUGACACCGACAUGGGGGAUAUCCAAGAUAGACAGGUGUUCUCCGUUGAGGGUGCUACCUUGACGGCGUUCCAUACACCUGGACAUACGCUUGAUCAUAUGGUGUUUAUGCUUGAGGAGGAAGGUGCGAUGUUCACGGGUGACAACGUCCUUGGCCAUGGCACAGCCGUUUUCGAACACCUCAAAAGCUACCUCGGCAGCCUCCACCGCAUGCGCGACCGCGUGUCCACAGGCCGGGGGUAUCCCGGACACGGACCGGUAAUUGAGGACGCCGGUGCGCGGAUCACCGAGUACAUCAAGCACCGGCAGCAGCGGGAAGAUGAGGUCCUGCGUGUAAUGAGGUUUGGCAAGCUGGACGUUGCGGCUGGCGAGUCCUCGCCGGAGCGUAAGCAGGGAUGGACGCCUAUCGAGCUGGUCAUGCGCAUUUACCGCGAUAUUCCGGAGGCUCUUCAUUUGGCGGCUUCGCAUGGUGUGUCGCAGGUGUUGAUGAAGCUUGAGGCUGAGGGGAGGACGGUCUAUGAUUCGGAGUCUGGGAAGUGGAGUCUUGCGGGUAAGAGGUCUACCUUGUGA